AUGAAGCAAACCACUUCCCUCCUCCUCUCAGCCAUCGCGGCAACCAGCAGCUUCAGCGGACUAACAGCCGCUCAAAAACUCGCCUUUGCGCACGUCGUCGUCGGCAACACUGCAGCACACACCCAAUCCACCUGGGAAAGCGACAUUACUCUCGCCCAUAACUCCGGUCUAGAUGCCUUUGCCUUGAACGGUGGAUUCCCCGAUGGCAACAUCCCCGCACAAAUCGCCAACGCUUUUGCGGCUUGUGAAGCCCUUUCAAAUGGCUUCAAGCUAUUCAUUUCGUUUGACUACCUCGGUGGUGGUCAGCCCUGGCCUGCCUCAGAGGUUGUGUCUAUGCUGAAGCAGUAUGCCAGUUCCGAUUGUUAUUUGGCCUAUGAUGGCAAGCCCUUUGUCUCAACUUUUGAGGGCACCGGAAAUAUUGCGGAUUGGGCGCACGGAGGUCCCAUUCGGUCGGCGGUGGAUGUUUACUUUGUGCCGGAUUGGACGAGUUUGGGGCCUGCUGGGAUUAAGUCGUAUCUCGACAAUAUCGAUGGAUUUUUCAGCUGGAACAUGUGGCCUGUAGGUGCGGCCGAUAUGACCGACGAGCCUGAUUUCGAAUGGCUCGAUGCAAUUGGGUCCGACAAGACGUACAUGAUGGGCGUUUCGCCAUGGUUCUUCCACAGUGCAAGCGGAGGCACCGACUGGGUCUGGCGUGGUGAUGACCUCUGGGAUGACCGAUGGAUUCAAGUCACCUGCGUCGACCCUCAAUUUGUCCAGGUCGUCACAUGGAACGACUGGGGUGAAUCCUCCUACAUCGGCCCCUUCGUGACCGCUAGCGAAGUCCCCGCCGGCUCAUUAGCCUACGUCGACAACAUGUCACACCAAAGCUUCCUUGACUUCUUGCCUUUCUACAUCGCCACCUUCAAAGGCGACACAUUCAACAUCUCCCGCGACCAGAUGCAAUACUGGUACCGCCUCGCACCCGCCGCAGCAGGCAGCGCGUGCGGCGUAUACGGCAAUGAUCCCGAUCAAGGCCAGACUACCGUUGACGUCAACUCCAUCGUUCAGGACAAGGUGUUUUUCAGUGCUUUGUUGACGGCUGAUGCUACUGUAACGGUGCAGAUUGGUAGUAAUGCUGCGGUUUCAUAUGAUGGUGUUGCUGGUAUGAACCACUGGAGUCAGGACUUUAAUGGCCAGACCGGCGCGGUUACGUUUAGUGUUGUCAGGGGUGGCGCUACAGUUAAGAGUGGUAUUGGAGCCGAGAUUACGGCUUCGACUUCGUUGUCGAAUGGGUGCACUAAUUACAACCCUUGGGUUGGUAGUUUCUAA